GCGCUCGCGCGCGUGCCGUCCGCGCAGCUGCUGAGCCGCACGAACAGCGGCUUCUCGUCGAGCGGCAAGCUCCCGGCCCUCCCCGCGGGCCGCGACGAGCAGGAGUGGGGCGCGCCGGAGGUGCUCUUCGGCGCGAUCUGUUUCUGGCUGCUGGGCGGCAAAGUCGACGCGACGUCCUACGUCACGGCCUACAUCCAGGAUUCGGGCAUCGUCGCCGACGUGCUCGCGCCCUACGCCGUGCUCACGCUCUGGCUGAGCUUGAUCGCGGGGCGGCUCAUCGGUCUGAAGGGGCAGAUGACGCUCAUCGACAUGCGGUCCGCGACGGGGGCCAAACGGGUCGCGCGGCACCUGGCGCUCUGGCUCUGCAUGGGCACGCUGGGCGUGCUGUUCGUCGCCGCCGCGCACACGUCCAAGGUGAACUUCUGGAUCGGGCUCGCGGUCUACGGCUUCGGCAACGGGCCGUCGAUCGGCUACUGCUACGACCAGCGUCCUGUGGCCGUGGCGGCUACGAUUUGGUGA